GUCCUAGAUGCUACAAGCGGCGAAAAUGGCAGUGAGUGAUGAUGAUAUUUUUAGGAGGAGAUUAUUAAUAGAAGGUGAUGGAGGUGGUGAUGAUAAAAGAAUUGCCAGCUUAUUGAAAACAUUUUUCCAUUGGGCAAGUGAAUCAGAGACCAAGGAAGAAAAUCAUGCCCAGUAUGAGAGAAUGAUGAAAGACCUAGCUCUGUGUGACUGUGCUGCAGGAAAAUGUUUAAAUGUUUACAAAAUGAAUUUGAAGGAGCAAGCAAACUAUGAAAAAUUAAGUAAAGAAAUCGAACAGAAAAUAAGUGAAGCAACAGAGAAGAUUUCAGAAUGUAAAAAUGAAUUGCAGCAGGCAAAAAGAAUUAGGAAAAACCGACAAGAGUAUGAUGCACUUGCAAAAGUGAUACAGCAACAUCCAGAUAGACAAGAAACUACAAAGCAGCUUCAAGUAAUAGACAAGGAGGUGACCAGUUUGGAAGAAAAGAAAAAAAGUCUUGAGCAGAAGCUUGGUAUGAGAAGAAAACAGUUCCAUGUGUUAAUAGCAGCCAUUCAUGAGUUACAGCAGAUAUUAGAUGCUGAUGAAAUUGAUGAUAUUAAGGAUGACAUUAUGGAUACCAGCUGAAAGUAUUACAUGAUAUCUAGACUUUUUUCUGCUAAGGACCAGUCCUGUGUCAAGUGUUUAACAAAUGAUAAGAUGACAUUUAUCAAUGUUAAUAUGACACCUUAGAUGACAGUGAUGUUACUCAUUUGACAGUUUUAACAACAUGAACAAAGGACUUUAAAUCUUGUAAAUAACAGAACUCUCACAAAGAAAUAUCAUUCCGCAGUUACGAUGUAUGUGUUCUGUGAAACAAUCUUUAUUCAUUGAUGCCAUUUUUUUGUAUUUUCUUGUUUGUGCAAACAUGUUAUGUUUCUGAGGUUUUGAUUUUGUGGUUUCAGAUUUCAAAAAAGGGGAAGAUGUAUAUUUUGGUGUCAUUGGAAUCUGAUUUUAGGUUUAUAAUUACACAACCAAAAACUCACAUAUAUUGGUACAUAUAAAGUAGUAGAAUUUAGAAUAAGAGCUUGGUUCACGUCUUGAAGAAUGGCAUUAAAACAUCUCUUAAUAUAAAAAUUAGUCUUGAAAAUUGUCAGUCAAAAUUCUCUUCAGACUGGCAAAAUUGCCCACAAAAUAAGAAUUCAUUACUUUCAUCACCAAGUCAACUGAUUAUUCCCAUCUUGCUAACAUCUGCAAAUUAAGUGUUUAAAAAUGUUUGAAAUAAAACCAUAAUAAGAAAGUUUUUGUCUCCCCUUCAACAAAUGUUGUAAAGGCCUUGACAUAUGAAUGUUUAUCACAUAGAAGUGACAAGGGUGUUUACUAUUUGUAUAGAGCUUAAUAUUCAAUAAGUAAUCUUUAUUCUGUUGCACUGACUUGCUAUUAAUUCUCCACUUUUAAGGGGGAAAUCAGUCAUACAUGAAAAGGGAGCCAGGAUAAGAAAGUCAUUCAAUUUAUUAGUAGAUAUAAUUAUUUGGUUUCCAUCUGGAAUAUAAUAGUUACAUGUGACCUCUAUAUUGUAACAUCAAUGUUGUUUUGUGCUAAGUAUACUGUAGGACAGUUUCUUAAUAAAUACAAUUCAUAAGUCA